AACAACAUGUAGCCACAACAACGCGAAGGAGAAGAAGAAGAAGCAGAAGAAGAAGGAGAUGAGGAAGAAGGCAAUGUCAAUUUCAGCUGUCAUCUCUUUCAAGCCAAGCAUAAUAACGGUCUCCUUCUACAGUCUGUGUUAUGCUAGAUAUAUAAACGCACUUGAUUUGAUAUUCGCUGCACCGAGAGAAAGUGCUCUGAAACAGACCUUAUCGUCGAGAUCAAUUGUAAAAGACGAGCCACCAGGAUAGCUCUCUCACUGUCCCACAUCUCCAGGUUGAAGCGCUUCUGAUAGUGCAGCUAACCCCACAGGCAGGAGGAUGUAUCUUCUUUACACGAUUAUCGCCUCCUUGGUUUCAUUUUUUAUUCUAAAAUGGUUAAAAAAGAGAAGAUACUGCACGGACCUGAAGAGACUUGAUGGAAAAACCGUCAUCAUCACAGGUGGAAGUUCUGGCAUAGGCAAAGAAACAGCGAUCGCCUUGGCAAUGCGAGGCGCCCGUGUUAUCAUUGCAUGUCGAGAUACAGACAAGUCUGAAAAAGCGGUGAGAGAGAUCAAGUUCAAGAGCCACAGUCUGAAUGUCUCCCACAUGGAGCUCGAUUUGGCCAACCUACGCUCAGUGAGAGAGUUCUGCAAGAGUUUUCUGCAGAGAGAGAAGAGACUGGACAUUCUGGUCAACAAUGCAGCCAUGCCCAGCGUGCUGGACUGGACGGACGACGGCUUCAGCAUGUGUUUCGGGGUCAACCACCUGGGUCACUUCCUCCUCACCAACACGCUGUUGCCGCGGCUGAAGGAGUGCGCGCCCAGCCGCGUGGUCACCCUCACCUGCUCCAACUACAAGUACCAAAAGCUGGACUUCCAGGACCUCAACUACAACCUGCUGCCCUUCUUCACCUACUGCCGCAGCAAGCUGGCCAACAUCUACUUCACCCAGGAGCUGGCGCGCAUGGGCGAGGCCAAAGGGGUGACCGCCUACGCCGUGCACCCAGGGUUCGUCCAGAGCGGCUGGACGUGCCACUACUCCUUCCUGUUCCGGAUGCUGAUGCAGGUGAUCAUGUGGAUGUUCUGUGUGCCGUGCGAGAUGGGCGCCCAGACGGUGGUGCACUGCGCCGUGUCGGACGCCGCCGCCAAACACAGCGGGGGCUACUUUGUGGACUGCCGGCCGGCCGGCCUGCGGCCCUUCGCCAAGGACUCGGGCGUGGCGAGGAAACUGUGGGAGGCCAGCGAGAGACUGGUGAAACUGGUUUGACGUUGGAUCGAUCGGGAGGAUUCCUCGGGUGAAAACGUGUCGUUUACAGGGCUGAGACUAUGAAGGCGACACUUUUGUCGACCCGAGGUGUCGAUUCAAUACAUUUUCCAGUUUGUUUUUUGUCUUUGUUAUUUAUUGGUUAUUUAUUUUGAUGAAUGCAAUGGUUACUGUUGUACAAAUAUUUAGGACUACUUUUUUUUUUUUAAUGGUAUGAUUUGAUCCUUCUUUGAAUCUACUUUUUCGCUCCAGGGUUAGUCAAACAUAAUGCAAGUUAUUAAAUGUCUGUGGAACAAAAGCAAUCCAUCCAUUCGAUAGAAAUAUAAUGACACAAUGUCGUGCCAAAAAGCCAAUGCUUUCUGGAGAUUAUUCUGGCCAUGAGAGGUCGCUAGUGUGCUUAGCUAUAAAGUAUCUCAUUAAAUAUGUAUACGAUGAUCAACCAAAGUUGAUUGUGAGCGAAAUCCCUGGGUUCAUCUGGCCUGAUUUGCUUAAUCGUGUAGACUCAUGUCACAACAUUUAGAACAAAAAUGAUAUCCGCAGUGAAAGUUUAUAUAGUGCAGGCUUACGUGUAUCUGUUCCAUGUAAAUGUGUUGCUGUCAAAAUAAAUUUAGCAACAGUUCUUUUUGGGUUGCUGUGGACAUUUGGAAACAUUUUAACUUGUGUCCCAUAAGGCCUUGGCGGCCAGCAGGCCCUGACAUGAAAUGACAAGAACCAGCCAAAAACUAGUCUGAAAAGUUAUGUUUGAAAUAAAACCUCUGGAUAAUCCACAUUACAAAUGCAUUGACUGACUGUCGACCAACGUAAAGGGAUAAACUUUCUCAAAAUUAAAUCAUAUCCUAACCAGUGGACCUCAUCACUUUAUAAAUUGAGUUGUUUGUGUGUGUGUGUCAACCAAAGGCGGCGAGCAUAAUUUAUAUUUAAAUCUUCAGUUUAUUGAUAACACUUUUAACACAUUGUCUUGAAGUAAGAGAAUUACGUGAAGCACGUUAAGAGAACAGAGCAAUAAUCCAGAGAAUCUGAGACCUAGAGGACCACUAGUAGAUUUAACACUGAAGAAGAAAAUCAAACCGACAUGGAAAAAGAAAGAAAAGACAAUGGAGGAACUAUAAGAGCCGUGAUCUGCGGAUCGAUGGCCGACUAUGGAUUGGAACGGAAAAAAACACCGGGAGAGAUCUGGGGAAACCCUACACGAGGAAACUAGCCUCUGUAUUGUCAGUGCAACUGGCAUAGG